AGUUCACCUGAUUGUAUUUGCUUCCCAACACAGAAAGGUUCUGUGCACAAACAUCUCAACAAAUGAGGAAGAAACAUGCUUUCUCUCUUCAAACCAUAGAACCAGUCGCUUCUAGCAUUCAUGAUACAGUCCUGUGGUCAUUAUCUACAGGAAUACACUAUCUACAGGAAGGUGGAAAGGCACACUGUGGUGCAGGCUGAUAUCUAAUCCUGCCUCAAUUUCUUUGCAUUUCGGAUUUGCCUGUGGUGCAACAACUAAAGAAGCUGCUUGCUUUUCCCUCUACUCCAGACAGAGUUGCACAGCUAGCUGCAGCUGCAAUGUAUUCUGGUGGUGAUGCUCCGAGACUCCAGACGGUUUGGACCACUGUCCUCCUCCUCCCCAUCUCCUCCCCUUUUCUAUUUUAUUCCAGAACUAAUUUGCAUGAAGCCGUGUCAUUGGUCGCAGGAGGACACACUCCUUCAGCUCGAGGCGUGCUGAUUGGCUGGAGCCCGGGAACCUCAGCUGGCAAAAACACAGAUAAAUAGGAGGCAUGCAGGCAGAGAGGCACCAAACUGCUCCUCUCGCACAACGACUGUUGCUGCUGCUGCUGCUGCGAGAUUCAACAGCCAGAGUGGGAAGGGCUGCUGUGACCACUACCUACUGCAUCGCACGGCUACUCGCGCUCGGCGAGAGAUUUGAGAACUUGAGGAGGGCUGGCGUUUAGCCAAGGAGUCUGCAGGGCUCCGGAGAGCUCCGAUCGAGAAGACAGAAGCACCGGCGGGUGCCAGGGUCACAGCCCAGCCCGGGCCGGGCGAUGUCUCUGGACGAGAAGGAGAAGACCCAGGUGCGGCUGGUGUUCCUGGGGGCGGCCGGCGUGGGCAAGACCGCGCUGAUCCGGCGCUUCCUGCAGGACACCUUCGAGACCAAGUACCGGCGCACGGUGGAGGAGCUCCACAGCAAGGAGUACGAGGUCGGCGGAGCCAAGGUCACCAUCGAGAUCAUGGACACCAGCGGCAGCUACUCCUUCCCGGCCAUGAGGAAGCUCUCCAUCCAGAGCAGCGACGCCUGCGCCCUGGUGUACGCCAUCGAUGACCCCGAGUCCCUGGAGGCCGUCAGGAGCCUGCGGGACGAGAUCCUGGAGGUCAAGGAGGACAAGUCCGCGCCCAUCGUCGUCGUGGGCAACAAGGCGGACCGCGAGGACGGGCGGCGGGUGUCCAGCGGCGACGUGCUGUCCACCGUGGAGCUGGACUGGAACAGCCGCUUCCUGGAGGCCUCGGCCAAGGAGAACGAGAACGUGCUGGAGGUGUUCAGGGAGCUGCUGCAGCAGGCCCGGCUGCCCAGCCGCCUGAGCCCCGCGCUGUGGCGGCGCCGCGAGACCCUCCCCGCGGGCGCCGGCCCCCGGCCGCCCAUGAGCAAGACCAACAGCUGCGCCGUGUCCUAGCGGCCUGGGGGGGGGGGCGGAGCUCACGGGGUUGUCACGGGAACGGGCCGAGGAAGUGACUCUGGUCCUGCCUCCGAACCUCACCCCGCCCCACCCAGCCCAUCUCCAACCCCAGCCCACCUGCCCCCUCCCCCCAGCGCCUUCAGGAGGAAGGGGCACGUCGCUGCGGGACCCUCGCACAGGGCGCAGGCGGGACGGUCCGAGGGAGGGAGAUUGAGCCGACGGCUUCUCCGCACGACGGAGCCAGUCUGCGCCUGUAAACGAUCCCGUUCCCGUCUCGGCGCGCUGCGGGGCUCGACGAGAAGACUUCCUGCCCUUCAGAGGUCGUGUCUGCUCGUCUCCACUCCGCCACGCCGUGAGACGGCCGCAUGCGCCACGCUUGUGCUGUGCUCGGCGCUUGAAUUUUAAAAGCGCGUUCAUUUCAUGCAUCUAUACAGUUCCUUGGGGGGGAUAAUUGAACUCCAAAUGCUGUAAAUAGAAACGUCUUUCUUGGUGUUUUGAAGCCGCCUGCGAUGCACGGGAGCAGGAUUUAGGCUUACGGCGUGACCUGCCCUUCUUUCCGACUAAGACCCCGAGUUCAUGUGUCGUGUUCACUGCGGUUUGUACGUUUCAGUAUUGCGUUGCACGAACGUUAACGAGCACCUUUUUGUUUUCUACCUGGAUCUUUAUUUGGGUAUUUGAUUUGAAAUAAAAAAAACCGUCCAAUGUG